AUGUUGAUAGUUUCUUGGGGGAGGAGGCGAGCGUACGCGCCACACGCGACCCUUGGGCCGCUGGUGGUGCUGGUGCUCUGCUGUCUCUUGUUCAGUAACCCCGUGGCUGCUUCAGCCGGCGACCACCUUCCCAAGUUCCGCCAGUGCGUCGAGAUAUGUGAACGCGAGAACUGCGGUCCCGAUGCCGAGCACCACACUCCCAUCCCCCUCCUCCACCGACUGCUCUUCUGGACCUGCCCGGCCGAAUGCGACUACACAUGCCAGCACAUCGUGACGGCGCGGCGCCAGGCCGCCGACCCGCCGCUGCCCGUGGUACAGUUCCACGGCAAGUGGCCCUUCCACCGAUGGCUGGGCAUGCAGGAGCCGUUCAGCGUCAUCUUCUCGGCGGGCAACUUUGCCGCGCACUACAACGGGCUGCACAGCAAGGUGCUCGCGAAAAUCCCCGCGACGUACCCGAUGCGGCGCUUCUACGUGGCGCUCGCCUGGAUCGGCAUGGUGACGUGGUUUUUUAGCAUGGUUUUUCACACGCGCGACUUUGCCGUCACGGAGCAGCUCGACUACUUCGCCGCCGGAGCCUCGGUGCUCUACGGUCUGUACUACGCGCCUGUGCGCCUUUUCCACCUCGACCGUCCGGCGCAACGGCCGGUGCUACGUGUCUGGACGGCCCUCUGCACUGGUCUCUAUCUCGCCCACGUCGCCUACUUGCGCCUCUGGAGGUGGGACUACACGUACAACAUGGCGGCCAACGUGGCCUGCGGCGUCAUACAAAACGCACUGUGGAGCUGGUUUAGCUACAAUCGCUACCGCCGGAACCACCUAGCCUGGGCCACCUGGCCCGGCAUCGUCGUCGCCUGGAUCCUCAUUGCUAUGAGCCUCGAGCUGCUCGACUUUCCACCCCUCUGGGGAGCCAUCGACGCCCACAGUCUGUGGCAUCUGGGUACUAUCGCGCCGACGGUGCUGUGGUAUAAGUGCGUCCCCCGAUUGUUUACCUCUCAGUUCAGAGGCGGCAUGAGAACGUCUUCAUGCUUUACGACAGGAUUUAGCUGA